CUGCUUUUUCUUUACAUAGUUCACAAGUCAUUUUUCAGGCCAACUGAAAAAGAACCAUCGGUAUUUGUGACUCAGCUUGCAUCACUGGUCUCAUCAUGUAAUGGCUCGACGAAAAGUGAAAGUGAUCAACUAGAAACAAAGCGUAAUUGGGCUCGUCCACCAGUUGCAAUUGAUGUACGUAUGAAUGAACAAGAUAUAGACUUCCAAGUUGUAGACGUUGAUCAUUAUAUAAAUAAUAAAGAUGAUGUCGUGAUUCGUUUAUUCGGAGUCACUGCUAAUCAAAAUUCAAUUUGUUUACAAAUUUAUGGGUUUCUCCCAUAUUUCUAUGUAUUAUUGGAAACCCCAUUUGACCUAAAACAUGUUGAAACUGGCAAGAAAUAUUUGAAUGAUGUCAUUAAGUCUCAAAUUUCGCCUAAUUUGGGUAUUUCCAAGAGCCUUGAAAAACUAGUGAUGGAUCUCGAAAUUGUACAAGGUGCUAGCAUAUACGGAUACUGUGAAAAUCUGAAGCAAAAAUUCCUCAAAGUAUAUGUUCGUUCACCGAAAAUUCUCACUCUUUGUCGGCGAAUAUUUGCCAAUGGAAUUGAUUUAACAGGAAGUGGAAAAGCUGUGUCAUUGGCAUGUUUCGAAACCAAUAUUGACUUUGAAAUUAGAUUUAUGACAGACCAUAAUUUGGUUGGUUGUGCGUGGGUUACACUGCCAUCGAAAAAAUAUCAAAUUUUGCCGGUAGAAAGAAUGAUUAGUCGUUGUCAAUUUGAGUGUUCAAUAUAUUAUACUGAUAUCAUUGUUCAUGCUCCUGAAUCAUCUCCAAAAUGGUCGUCAAUAGCACCUUUACGCAUCCUCUCCUUUGAUAUCGAGUGCACAAAUCGACAGGGAAUAUUUCCGGAAUCGCACACUGAUGCUGUUAUACAAAUAGCAAAUAUGGUCAAAAUUGAAGGCGAGAAUGAACCGUUCAUACGGAACUGUUUUGUGAUUGGCGAGACUGCACCAGUUAUUGGCAGCGAAAUUAUUGUUUCUAAGUCUGAAGAAGAAUUACUCGUUAAAUGGGCUGAAUUUAUUCGUAUUGUUGAUCCAGAUCUCAUUACUGGUUAUAAUAUUCAAAAUUUUGACUUCCCUUACAUUGUUGAACGUGCUCGAGCACUGAAGAUUGAGAAUCAAGCAACGAGUUUGGGACGUAUUCCUAGUUCACUUUCAAAAGUUCGAGAAAUGCCUAUAUCAAGCAAACAAAUGGGCAGCAGAACAAAUAAAAUAACGAAUGUUGAGGGACGAGUUGUUUUCGAUGUUUUCCAAAUCGUUUUACGGGAUUAUAAGUUAAGGAACUACUCACUCAACAGUGUCAGUUACCACUUUUUGUGUGAACAGAAGGAGGAUGUGGACUAUUCGAUGAUUGCUGACCUACAGAAUGGAAAUGCCUUUACUCGCCGUAGAUUAGCUGUCUAUUGCAUGAAAGAUGCUUAUCUGCCCUUGAAGCUUCUGCAGAAAUUAAUGUCUGUCAUAAAUUAUAUUGAAAUGGCACGCGUUACUGGUGUCCCACUUGAUUAUCUGCUUUCUAGAGGUCAGCAGAUCAAAGUAUUGUCACAAAUUCUGCGCAAGGCUAAAUCAAUGCAUUUGUUUCUGCCAGUUAUUGAUGCCGUACAAGCGGAGGAAACUUAUGAGGGAGCGACGGUAAUUGAUCCCAUUCGCGGUUUUUAUAAUGUACCGAUCACAACACUUGAUUUCGCAUCUUUGUAUCCAUCCAUUAUGAUUGCUCAUAAUUUGUGUUAUACCACUUUAAUUCAAGGUUCAAGUACCAAAUACAAUCUGUCUGAAUCAGAUAUCGAAAUUACUCCUUCAAAUAAUAGUUUUGUAAAACCGAGCGUCCGUCGUGGAUUAUUACCUCAGGUUUUGGAGCAUCUCUUAAAUGCAAGAAAGCAGGCGAAAAAUGAUUUGAAGAAUGAGAAAGAUCCAUUCCGUUGUAUGGUGUUAAAUGGUCGGCAGCUUGCAUUGAAGUUAUCUGCAAAUUCAGUCUACGGUUUUACUGGUGCUUCAGUUGGGAAGUUACCGUGCUUAGAAAUCUCACAAUCUGUAACAGCAUAUGGUCGUCAAAUGAUUGAUUUGACAAAAACUGCAGUUGAAGACGUGUACAAGGAAGGUUAUUUGGAUGGAAAGUGCCCGUGUGAUGCUCAGGUUAUAUACGGUGACACUGACUCAGUAAUGGUCAGAUUUGGAGUAAAAGAUAUAAAAACAGCAAUGGAACUUGGCUUACAUGCUGCCACAGAAAUUAGCAAAAAAUUCAUACCUCCCAUUAAAUUAGAAUUUGAAAAGGUUUAUUCACCAUUCCUUUUAAUAAAUAAGAAACGGUAUGCUGGUUUAUAUUUCACACGUCCUGAAAAGUAUGACAAAAUUGAUUGCAAGGGACUAGAAACAGUUCGACGUGAUAACUGCCCACUGGUAUCAAAAGUCUUAAGCUCGUGCUUGGAAAAAAUGUUGAUUGAUGGUGAUGCUACGAGUGCUUUGGAGCAUGCUAAAAAGGUCAUAUCUGAUCUACUUUGCAACCGGAUUGAUAUCUCAGAACUUAUAAUCACGAAAGAGCUUACUCGAGCGAGUAAUGCGUAUGCUGCUAAGCAAGCACAUGUAAUUUUAGCAGAAAAAAUGCGUGAACGUGAUCCUGGAUCUGCACCUCGGUUAGGUGAUCGUGUGCCUUAUGUUAUUGUUGCCAAAGGUCAAAAGGUUCCAGCGUAUGAAAAAGCUGAAGAUCCGAUAUACGUUCUACAAAACAGCAUUCCUAUCGACACUACUUAUUAUUUAGAAAAUCAACUGGCUAAGCCAUUGGCUCGUAUUUUCGAACCAAUUUUGGGCGAUAAAGCGGAAUCUUUUCUGAUAACGGGUACCCAUACAUUAGUAAGGACGGUAGUACAAUCUAAAAAGUCCGGCUUGUCGCAGUUUUUCCAGAAAACAGAACGAUGUCUUUCUUGCAAAAGUAGUUUGCCAAAAGGUGUACGUGAUGCUACUUGUGCUCAUUGUAAACCGGAUGAAGGAAAAGUUUAUAUUACACACGUAAGUCAUUUUUCAGUUGUCUUUGUACUUGGCAUACUGCGUUUGCAGUUAACGUUGAUGAAUACGAUUGAAAAUCGCUUUGCAAGAUUGUGGACCGAAUGUCAGAACUGUGCAGGAACUACGAAUGAGGAAAUUCUUUGCUCUGCGAGAGAUUGCCCGAUAUUUUAUAUGCGAGAGAAAGUACGGUAUGAUCUCGCCGAACAGAUGCAGUCUCUACAGCGAUUUUACCUCUCAACUUGGUGA